AUGGCUGGGAUUUGCUGCGGUGUUGUUGGGGAGACUGAACCGGCGGCACCGGUGGAUUCCACUACUCGAGCUUCUCUGAGACGGAGGCUGGAUCUACUUCCGUCGAUCAAGAUCGUUGCCAACUCCGCCGUUGCUCCUCCGCUUGAGAGCUGCCGGAAGCGGCAGAAGCGUGAGGCAGUACCUGCUCCGGGAAAUCUAGAUCUGGCAUGGAAUGUGAGUAGUGAUAAGAAGGUCGAGAAGGCGGGAUCAGCUGUUACGAAUUCAAAUCUGGUUUCCAGUCCCGCGACGGAAGCAGAGAGCUGUUUCUUUUCCGAUGUGCCUAAGAUCGGAACGACGUCGGUUUGUGGUAGGAGAAGAGACAUGGAGGACGCCGUCUCGAUUCAUCCUUCACUACUUCAAAAAAACUCUGAGAAUCUUCAUUUCUACGGCGUGUUUGACGGCCAUGGCUGCUCUCACGUUGCGGGGAAGUGCAGAGAGCGGUUGCAUGAGAUAGUGAAGCAGGAGGCUGAAGCUAUGGCCGCCGAUGAAUGGAAGGAAAUGAUGGCGAAGAGCUUCCAGAAAAUGGACAAAGAAGUUAGCCAGCGAGACUGCAACGUAGUUACCAAUGGCGCAAGUCGAAGCGGGAAGAGCUCCUGCAGAUGUGAAUUGCAGUCUCCUCAAUGCGACGCCGUCGGAUCCACCGCCGUAGUUUCCGUCGUCACGCCGGAGAAGAUCAUCGUCUCCAACUGUGGCGACUCUCGCGCCGUGCUCUGCCGUAACGGCGUAGCCAUCCCUCUCUCUUCGGAUCACAAGCCGGAUCGACCCGAUGAAUUGAUUCGGAUUCAGCAAGCGGGCGGGCGAGUAAUCUACUGGGACGGAGCUAGGGUUCUUGGAGUUCUCGCCAUGUCCAGAGCAAUCGGCGAUAAUUACUUAAAACCAUAUGUGAUCCCGGAUCCGGAGGUAACUGUCACGGAUCGAACAGACGAUGACGAGUGCUUGAUCCUGGCGAGUGAUGGACUCUGGGACGUUGUUCCGAACGAGACGGCGUGUGGCGUUGCUCGCAUGUGCCUUCGAGGUGCUGUGGCCGACGGAGGAGACUCUGAUACGGCGCACAACGCGUGUUCCGAUGCGGCGUUACUCUUAACGAAGUUGGCUCUGGCGAGACAGAGCUCCGAUAACGUGAGCGUCGUCGUGGUUGACUUACGGAAAAGGAGGAAUAAUCGAGUUUCUUAA